CCAAGAAAGUAACUAUUCAAAGCCCCUCUCCUCGCUUUCUAUCUAAUCCUCUCCUCUUCAUCAAUCGUCAAACCAUGGAACCACCCUCGGCCACGCCCCACAUAGCCAUCGUGCCGACGCCGGGCAUGGGCCAUCUCAUCCCUCUCGCCGAGUUCGCCAAGGGCCUCGUCCGCCGCCACAGCUUCGCCGUCACCUUCCUCGUCCCCAACGACGGCUCCCCGUCCAAGGCCCAGAGGUCCCUCCUCGACUCCCUCUCCCCCUCCAUCACCUACGCCUUCCUGCCUCCCGUCGGCUUCGACGACCUCCCCGCCGACACCACCCGCAUGGAGACCAUCAUCUCCCUCACCCUGGCCCGCUCCCUCCCCUCCCUCCGAGACGAGCUUCGGAGGCUGUCGGAGUCCACGAGGCUCGUCGCCCUCGUCGCCGACCUUUUCGGCACCGACGCCUUCGACGUGGCCAAGGAGUUCGACGUCGCCCCUUACAUUUUGUUCCCCUCCACGUCCAUGUGCCUGUCGCUCUUCUUUCACUUGCCGACUCUGGAUGAAGAGGUCUCUUGCGAGUACAGGGACCUGCCCGAGCCGGUGACGAUACCCGGUUGCUGCGUACCCGUCCACGGGAAGGACCUGCUCGACCCGGUCCAGGACCGCCGCAACGACGCCUACAAGUGGGUUCUCCACCACGCGAGGCGGUACAGGCUGGCCGAGGGGAUCCUUCUCAAUAGCUUCGAGGAGCUCGAGCCAGGGGCGAUCGAGUACCUGAAACGGGAACAGCCCGGGAAGCCGCCGGUCUACCCGGUGGGGCCGCUGGUGAACAUGGAGCAGAGCAGCAAGUCCGACGGCUCGGACUGUCUAAAGUGGUUGGACGAACAGCCCAACGGUUCGGUCCUGUACGUGUCGUUCGGGAGCGGUGGGACCCUGUCGCACGACCAGAUUCGGGAGCUGGCUCUGGGAUUAGAGAUGAGCGAGCAUAGGUUCUUGUGGGUGGUGAGGACCCCCAACGACAAAGCGGCCAAUGCCACCUACUUCAGCGUGUACAGCCAAAACGAGCCGCUCCAGUUUCUGCCCCAAGGCUUCCUCGAGAGGACCAAAGGCAGGGGCUUGGUGGUGCCGUCGUGGGCCCCGCAGGCCCAGGUCCUGGCCCACAGCUCGACCGGCGGGUUCCUCACCCACUGCGGGUGGAACUCGGUCCUCGAGGGCGUGGUCAACGGCGUGCCGUUCGUCGUCUGGCCGCUCUACGCCGAGCAGAGGAUGAACGCGCUCAUGCUGACCCAAGACAUCAAGGUGGCGCUGAGGCCGCGGGCCGACCAGGAGACCGGCCUUGUGGGGUGGGACGAGAUCGCGGGGGUGGUGAAGGGCCUGAUGGAGGGCGAGGAAGGGAAGAAGAUUCGGAACCGGAUGAAGGACCUCAAGGACGCGGCGGCCAAGGUGCUCGGCGAGGACGGGUCCUCAUCGAGGGCGCUCUCGGAGUUAGCCCUCAAAUGGAAGGCCAAACUUGUAAACUAACCUCACCCGAAACGUAUCGAAUCGCAUCGCACCAUACAAUAACUUUUCCUUUCCUUUCCUUUCCUUGUCUAUAUUCACCCACUCGAUCCUAGUAUCUCCUGUCUAAUGUCGUCAUCAAUGGAGCUGGUUCCUCU